UAGUCCGUAAUUUAAAACCGGCACAUCGCGAGAUUUGGUGGUAAUCGCGCCGAACAGCGCCCAUGUUGUUGGCCCCCACGUGAUGUGAUUAUGGCAAACCUCCAUGGAUGUUGGCCUACCAUGGAAUCAUCAUUAUAAACAACUACUAGCCUACUAGCAUCAUCAUGAAGAAAAUACAAGGAUUCUCUGUGUCAUCCUGACACAAAGUGUUCCAUAAUGGAGGAUGUGGUUUUACAUUACAAGCCUGCCGACGCAGGUCAACUGAGCAGCCUGAUAUGGCGGACAGAGACUGCGCUGGAGCCAUUUCUCUGCCGGGUCUUGCCAACCUUUACACCCUGGUUUCCAUCCACUAGUGACCGGCUGUUACCCAUCCGACCCUCAAAACCAGCUCCAACAGCCCAUGCCAUCACCAGGAAGACCCAAGAAGACAACCAAACCCACCAGAACUCAAAAAACCUGACAAGCAGAGUAUGUUCUGGUGACUCUACCUCAAGCUCUCUGCCAGACAGAUUAAAGUCAGAUAAAAGGGUGUAUACGACUGAUCAUCCAGUAUACAAUAACAAACAAGACAUUCAAUCACAGAUACCAGUAAACAGACUGCAUGAGACCGACCAACAACAGAAGCCCACAUUUGCGGUUGUCAUCAGUGACGCCGGGCCUGAAAAUCAAACAGUUUUCUCCUGCAGCAACAUAACCCGAAGCACUAGACCGUCUCAAGGGAAACUAGAGAAAUCCAAUAAUGUCUCGUACAUUCCAAAACCCCCCCACUCUCCUCUUCCUCCCCUUGCAACUGUCAGCCAGCCGAGCCCACCCAACCACACUUCACCAGACAGGGCUAGGCCGCCACCAGAAAAGAGGACACAGAAACCCGUGAGUGGACCACACAUCCGAGACGGGGCCGUCAAAAGGUCCUGGAGCGUUGUGGCACAUCACAGGCUUCCACUGCGGAGUACCCCACCCCUGUCCAAACCCUUCCUCAAGACGGUGAUCCGGCAUGGGCUGCACCUGCAGCAGAGGGCCCGCUGGGUCCUCGGACAACACAACUUGGGGUCCGCUGGCGACAUGGAGCAGGUGUGGCGGCAGCUAAACCGCUCCAUCAAGAGGUCCAGUCUGCCAACAUGUAACGCCAACAUCCAGAGGGAGCAGAGGCAGAUCUGGGUCUUCUGUGAUGUUCUCUACUCUGAGCACGUCGGGAAACACCUGAAAGAGGAGCUGGCUCUCUCUGGACAGAUCACCCUCUCUGUGCCCAAACUGGGCAACAUCCUCACCUUAUAGUUCUCUGCACUAUGGACUUUCAACCUGUAACCAAUGCAGACCCUUAUGUCUGGACAGAAACCUUCUUACGCCUUGUUCACACUACCUCCGUCCGUUGACGGAUCUCAUUGACUUUGCAUGGGGUGCUCGUGAAAUGCAUUGUGGCUCCGUCCGUCCAUUCGGCUCUGUGGCCAGCCUGUGUCAAAAAGUUGAGAAAUGUUCCGUUACAUUUUUUAAAGAAAUGUGGAAUGAUAGGAUUGUUCUUAGUCACCUGUUGUUGGUGUCAUCUUUUGUAUUUAUAUCCACACAUCGGCUUUGUAGCGGGGAAUGAUUUGAUUGGCUGCAAUAUGCAUCUGCAGAGACUAGUCCCCUAUACGUCAGACACGCCCUCAGUCAUCCGUUGACGGACACAUGUAGUGUGAAAAAGGCGUGAAUCAAAAAGUUUAGAAAUGUUCAACUUUUCAGGCAGCAACGGAUCCGUUGGCCAAUCAGACUGCGUUCUGCAAAUAUACGCAAGGACACUGUCCAAUAAAAUCGCCUUUGUAAUACAACCCGGAAGAACACAUGGAUACGUCAACAAGCCCCCAUCCGUCGACGUACGCAUGUAGUGUGAACAAGGAGUCACAGAUGUGGUGGGAUGCAGCAGAGACUGAAUCAAUAAACAUUCCCAGUUAUCCUAUGUUAAGAAAGAAUGUGAAGCAUUUAUAAAUAAUUUGCCUACAGGGGAACAUCACAUUUAUUAAACAAAGAUUUUUUUUUGCAA